GGUCUUGACAAAUAGUCUUUAAACUUCGGGCUUUCAUUUAAUUUCAGUCUGUGCCAAGAUGUCGGGAAACCACUACUUGAGCACCAGACCUUUUCCGUCUGCUCCACUGUGCAGCUGGAUCCACUGGUAUACCGGUCUCCAUGGGAACGACUUCCUCUGUCGCGUGCCCAGCGACUACAUAAUGGACAGAUUCAACCUGACAGGCCUGGACACUUUGGUACCGGACUUCAAUCACUCUCUGGAAGUAAUCCUUGAUCCGGAAUUCUUGAGCGAAGAAUGGGAUAAGAUGAUGGACAACAACCUUGUGGAGAGCCUUUAUGGCCUCAUCCAUGCCCGGUAUAUUCUUACGUCGCAUGGCAUGGAAAACAUGUGCAGGAAGUACGAGAGGGGCGAAUUUGGCAUCUGCCCGAGGGUCUACUGUAAGGGUCAGAAUACCCUGCCGGUGGGUCUGUCCGACGAGUGGGGUCACUCUAAGGUGAAGUUGUACUGCCCCCGUUGUCGCGACGUUUACCAGCCGAGAUCGCGCUGCUCCCUACUGGAUGGGGCCAUGUUUGGAACCGGGUUUCCGCACAUGUUCUUCAUGCAGAUGCCGGAGUUGCGUCCCCAUCCGCCAGAGGAGAAAUAUGUGGGACGUCUGUUUGGAUUUCAGGUGCACCACUCGGCCCUAAUUCCACCCGAAUCGCCGGAACCCAAGAACUUCGAGGUGACCAGGACCCCUGUGUAGCCUCGGUGCGACCUCGUCGACAAUUACAACGUUAACACUGUUCCAAUUCCAACACUAAAAUAUUUACGGGAAAGCACAUACAUGAUAACUAUACUAGCUUGUUGCAAUUAACUAGAUCCUGAUGCAGUGCGUUGAUAUGGCCAGGAAAACAAGGCAAACAGUCGCAAACACUAAACACACACUAUUAAGACAACACGCAUGCCUUGUUUAAAGAGUGACCAUAUCAAACACUUUAAAAUAAGCAAUCUAGAGUCCUUUUAACUAAUAAGGAGCUCUCUUAAUCUCUCUCUUAUAAUUGCUUAUGUCUGCUUAAGUGUUAAUAAAAUACAGAGUUUCCUAAUUCCUGAUGAAAUUUUA